UUUUCCACACAGAAUCAGGUUUUAUUUUAGUUUGGCACCGUUAUCGGAAUGAAGCACAACAGCAGCAGCUAAGCAGCUGGGAACAACAACAAUAAAGCACAAGUCCGUUCAAGUCCGGUUUGGACGGAAAGGGGGAGUAGACCGGACUGACUGAGAGAGUGACAACUCGUUCGGUUAUUUCUAAUCUCAUCGCAAAAAUUCUUCAUCUAAUCAACUGUCAUUGUUGGAAAGGAAGGAAAUCGCGCGCGCGUUCUGGAAAUCACAAGGAAAAUUGUAGUUUUUAAGGGUUUUUUGGUCACCGGAAGUCAGAACCUUUUUGAGUGUAAUUGUGAGCAAAGUUUGUAGCAAAUAAAGAAAAAAUAAAUAAAUAAAUAAAUAAUAAAAUCAUUAAAAUCUAACCAGUGCAGUAAGUUAUACCACAGAAUAUCCGCAUAAUCGUUACAAAUAACCUCCGAAAAUUGGUAGUGUUUAAGGUGCACCAAAACGGAUUGUUUGGCAUGUCCCGAAAAUGGGUCACUCGGCAAAUCCCAGGGCUGGGGCAGAAAAGCAGCUUCGGCUGCAGUUCCCUGUAAGGAUCGAGUCUGUUUAAGGUCUAAAGUGUUAAAGUUACCCAGAAGAUUCAAGUAAAAAGUGUGUUAGAAAAUCCUCCCACAAAAAUAAAUCCCCCAAAAAACGAAGAAAAUGGAUACGGAUUAGCUGCGACGACCAGACCAGACGUGUGCGAAAUAUAGGUCAUUGAAACGGCCCCGUGGCAGUGUUGCCAGCUAGUUUUUUUUUGUUUUCUGGUGGCGAGUGAGUGAAAGUGCAACGAUGGAGCUGGGCGGUGAGGUGUUUACGAUGGGGCUGGCCCUGAAGCUCCAGAAGAUGCAGCCGCAUCCGACGGAUUUCGGGACCGAGUUCCGGCGGGAGAACUCGAACACGGGAGCCUCGGCGGCCUACACCAGCGACGGCUGGGACGGCGGAGUGCAGGACCAGGAAAUGACGGCUCUGAACGACACCGGUCCGUACGGGGAGUACGAGCUGUUCUACCGGCACUCGUCCACGAUGACGGCCGUGUACUGUGUGGCCUACUUUGUGGUGUUCAUCGUCGGGUUGAUCGGGAACAGUUUCGUCAUUGCGGUGGUCUUCCGGGCCCCGCGGAUGCGAACCGUGACCAACUUCUUCAUCGUGAACCUGGCCCUGGCGGACGUGCUCGUUAUCGUCUUCUGUUUGCCGGCGACGCUCAUGAGCAACAUCUUUGUGCCGUGGAUGCUGGGCUGGCUGAUGUGCAAAACGGUUCCCUACAUCCAGGGCGUUUCCGUGGCGGCUUCGGUCUACAGCCUGAUAGCGGUAUCACUGGAUCGCUUCCUCGCCAUCUGGUGGCCGCUCAAACUGCAGAUCACCAAGCGGCGAGCCCGCUUCAUGAUCGUGUGCAUCUGGAUCAUCGCGCUCAGCUCGACCAUCCCCUGGGCGCUGUUCUUCCAGCUGGUGCCCAUCUCGCCCCAGGCGCCGGAAAUCCAACUGUGUCUGGAGGUGUGGCCGCCGGGGACCGACGGCAAGCUGUACUUUCUGCUCGCGAACCUGGUCGCGUGCUACCUGCUCCCGAUGACCCUCAUCACCAUUUGCUACAUCCUGAUCUGGAUCAAGGUCUGGCGGCGAUCGAUUCCCGGCGACUCGAAGGACGCCCAGAUGGACCGGAUGCAGCAAAAGUCCAAAAUCAAAGUUGUUAAGAUGCUCGUCGUCGUUGUUAUUCUGUUUGUGCUGUCGUGGCUGCCACUGUACGUGAUCUUCGCCCGGAUCAAGCUGGGCGGAGCGCUCGAGAGCAGCGAGGAGGAGAUGAUCCAGAUCGCGACCCCGAUCGCGCAGUGGCUGGGCGCUUCGAACUCGUGCAUCAACCCGAUCCUGUACGCGUUCUUCAACAAAAAGUACCGCAAAGGCUUUGCCGCGAUCAUCCGAUCGAGAAAGUGCUGCGGACGGUUAAGGUACUACGAUACCGUCGCGAUCGCAUCGUCCUCCACCAGCACCCGCAAGUCGUCGCACUACCACAAUAGUACCAAGCAGCGGUCCCAGUACAGCCCGUCGAUGAAGUCGGCGGACGCGGUGUCGUACAUCUACGAGGAUCGCGCCCGGAGGCACCACGCCGGCAUCUCCAAGCAGGACAGCAACCUGUCGCGGCACAUGCUGCUGAAGCAGGACAGCAGCAUAUCGAGGCAGACGUUGCUGCUGAAGCAGGACAGCAUCGCGUCACGAUCGGCAAUUCUGUACCGGCAAGAUAGCGACAAUUCGCGCCAGAUGCUGCUGAAGCAAGAGAGUAACGGCUCGCGGGACAUGCUGUCGAAGCAGAGCUCGGCCUCGGACUCGAUGUCGCGCCAGGACAGCCAGAUCUCGUACAUUGAGCCGCGGAAGGGCAUCCUGUGCAAGCAGGACACGCAGAUCUCGUACAUCGAGCACACGCCGGGCAGCGGCAGCAAAAAGUUCUCGGCCUCACUGUCCAGCCAGGACAGCGUCCUGUCCAGCAUUGAGCACAAGCGCCACAAGCUCGUCAAGCAAGACUCGAUUUUCUCGUUCAACGAGCCCAAGUCAGUGUACGAGAGUUCGGCGUCACCGAUUGCCGCCGCCGUCGCAACCCCGAACCGGCGCCACCAGCUGGUCAAGCAGCACUCGGUCAUCUCGUUCGCCGAUCAGCGGCGCGGCGGAAGCCUCACCAAGCAGGACUCCGUCACGACCAUCCACCGGACCAACGGCAACGGCGACGGACAGUACAUAUCGUCCAUCCUCAAGAAGACCGACUCGCAGUGCAGUUCGGCUUCGCCGAUAAGGAAAAAUAUUGGCUUUUUCGACGGAUAAGCAGGAAGGGUGCUGUGUUCGUAGCCUACACAUAGUACACAAGCAAGCGCGCGCCCGGAGGGGAUCACACGUAACACCGCUGCCUACCAGACUACCAAGUAGACAAGUCAAAUCAGAGAAUAUACCGAACCACCCCCGUACUAUAAACCCUCUCUUCUAUACACAUACAAACACACACAGAUUCACCAUACCCACAAGCUGGAUACAUUUUUAAAUAUCCUAUCUCUAACCGUACCAUGAAAGGAAUGUGAGGGAGAAGAGAAAAAAAACAGCAUCAUCAAAGCUAGAACUUAACACAAAAAACAAUCCCCGCUUCGUACCGCUUUUGGGGACACACUGGGAAGAGUAAUAGAUGGAUGGAUAGUGUUGGGGACCAUAGACGGUUAUUCAAGAUGUUCGAAAUUAGUUCAAAACUCCUAAACAAAUAAACCACGUUACCAAGUCUCCCAGUCAAAUCAAUCCGAAUUCUGAAACGGAAUCUAAUUAGAAUCGUACACAAAUUCCGUUUCAAACGCAACAACCGGUUCGA